AUGAUUGAAAUAGAACAGACUUAUAGAGAAGAAUUGAUUAAAAUUGAAAAAGAUGAAACUGUGAUAAAUAACGAGUUUGAUGAGUCGGAAUGCUAUAUUGAUAAGUGGAGAAUGGUAGAAAGUAAAUUAGUUUCGCUUUUAGCUGAAAAGGAAAACGGUUCUGUUGUUAAUGAAAGCUUAACUCAAAAUGCUACUAUUCGUUAUCCUAAGCUUAAACUUCCGAUUUUUGAUGGGAAUAUUAAAAGCUGGUUAGGAUUUUGGGGCCAGUUUAAAAAGAUCGAUAAUGAUCCCAAUUUAGAUGAUCAUGAUAAAUUUGCAUAUUUAUUGCAGUCUAUGGAAAAAGGGUCAUCUGCUGAAGAGUUAAUCAAAAGCUUUCCGCCCGGUGGCGAAAGUUAUAGUAAAGCUUUAGAACAACUGCAAUCGCGUUUUGGGAAAGAAGACCUUCUUAUAGAAGUCUAUGUUAGAGAUCUACUUUCGUUAGUAUUAUUAAAAAACUCUCAGCAGAAAUUUUCAUUACGAAAACUCUAUGAUAACUUAGAAUCGAAACUAAGAGCGUUAGAAGUUCUGGGUGUUGCUAGAGAUAAAUAUGCGGCGAUGUUAUAUCCUCUAGUCGAAUCGUCAUUGCCGGAUGAUACAUUAAGAGCAUGGCAAAGAUUCCGAGUUAUUAAUCGCAGUCAGAGAGAAUCUGAAAGUAGUGAGCAAAAAGAGAAAAAUGCGUCAACACAUCGCAUGGAUUUAGAUGGUUUGCUUUCAUUUUUGCUCGAUGAAAUUGAAGGUGAAGAGAGAGUAUCUAUAGCUACUCAGUGCUUUACUAAAUAUCAGACACCUAAGCCUGGGAAUGCUAAACACUUUGGUUUCAAAAACCGUGGAGAAUUUUCCAAAACACCUUCUGCUUCUACUCUAAUAGCAACAUCUGAACAAAAUUCAACUGGAUGUAUUUUUUGUGCUGGAAAUCAUGCAUCUGGUGAUUGCGUUUAA